CGACUGCAAGCGCCCUCACAACGUUUCCAGUUGUCUCGGAACCACCAAGUUCUCAAGCCUAAGCUUAAAGCAACAUGCGUGAAAUUCUCUCCAUUCACCUCGGCCAGGGCGGUAUCCAGGUCGGAAACGCCUGCUGGGAGCUUUACUGCCUCGAGCACGGCAUCCAGCCUGAUGGCCAGAUCCCCAGCGACUCGAGCGCCAUGGGAGACGACUCGUUCUCCACCUUCUUCUCCGAAACAGGCUCGGGAAAGCACGUGCCGCGCGCCGUGUUCGUGGACCUGGAGCCUACUGUGUGUGACGAAGUCCGCACGGGCACCUACAGGCAGCUGUACCACCCGGAGCAGAUCAUCUCGGGCAAGGAAGAUGCGGCCAACAACUACGCGCGUGGCCACUACACCAUCGGGAAGGAGGUCGUCGACCUUGUGCUGGACCGCGUCCGUAAGCUGGCCGACGCUUGCACGGGACUUCAGGGCUUCAUGGUGUUCAACGCCGUGGGUGGCGGUACCGGUUCCGGUCUUGGUUCGCUCCUCCUCGAGCGCCUGUCGGUCGACUACGGCCGUAAGAGCAAGCUCGGUUUUACCAUCUACCCGUCGCCCCUCGUGUCGUCGGCUGUCGUGGAACCCUACAACUCGGUGCUGUCCACGCACUCGCUGCUUGAGCACACGGAUGUGGCCGUGAUGUUGGACAACGAGGCCAUCUACGACAUUUGCCGUCGCUCCCUCGACAUUGAACGCCCGACGUACACGAACCUGAACCGUCUCAUUGCUCAGGUCAUCUCGUCGCUCACCACGUCGCUCCGUUUCGACGGCUCGUUGAACGUGGAUAUCACCGAGUUCCAGACGAACCUGGUGCCGUACCCGCGUAUCCACUUCAUGCUCAGCUCGUACGCCCCCGUCAUCUCGGCCGAGAAGGCCUACCACGAGCAGCUGUCGGUGGCCGAGAUCACUAACAGCGCCUUCGAGCCCACCUCAAUGAUGGCCAAGUGCGACCCUCGUCACGGCAAGUACAUGGCCACGUGCCUCAUGUACCGCGGUGACGUCGUUCCCAAGGACGUGAACGCCGCUGUGGCCACCAUCAAGACCAAGCGCACCAUCCAGUUCGUGGACUGGUGCCCUACGGGUUUCAAGUGCGGCAUCAACUACCAACCUCCGACGGUUGUGCCUGGUGGUGACUUGGCCCGUGUGCAGCGUGCUGUGGCCAUGAUCUCCAACACCAGCGCCAUCGCUGAGGUGUUCUCUCGCAUCGACCACAAGUUCGACCUGAUGUAUGCCAAGCGUGCGUUCGUGCACUGGUUCGUGGGCGAAGGUAUGGAGGAAGGCGAGUUCUCGGAGGCUCGUGAGGAUCUUGCUGCUCUGGAGAAGGACUACGAGGAGGUGUCUGCUGAGACGGCCGAGGGUGACGAUGAGGACUUCGAUGAGAAGAAUGAGGAGUACUAAGCAUUUUGCGUGCUGCCAUUGCAUGGUGUCUAAGCCUAGCGAGGUGAUAGGAUGCUUGUCAUUUCUAUCCUCUGUUAGUUGAAAAGCUAGAGACCAGUUUGAUAAGCUUUGAGGUAACAAUUUGGUGCCACAACUUUCUA